GAAAAAUCAAUGGACUUGUUGAUCAUUUUUUGCUUGGCAUUAGCAUUUGCUCAUGCUCUUAAUUUUGUUAAAAAGAGAAGCAAAACAAGUCCAAGCAAGCUUCCUCCUGGCCCAUCACCUUUGCCAAUUAUAGGCAACCUCUUUGAUCUUGGCGAUAAACCACAUAGAUCAUUAGCCAAGCUUGCCGAGGUUCAUGGUCCAUUGAUGAGCCUUAAACUCGGCCGAAUAACCACCGUAGUCAUUUCUUCAUCAUCUCUAGCCCAAGAAAUUCUUCAAAAACAUGACCUAAAUUUCUCUAACCGAACCGUGAUUCAAGCAAUCCAAGCACUUGAUCAUCAUCAAGCUUCCAUGCCAUGGUUACCUACUGGCCCGCCAUGGAGACAUUUGAGAAAGAUUUGCAACUCUUACAUCUUCACAAAUCAAAAACUCGACGCGAAUCAAGAUCUUCGGUUCAAGAAAAUUCAAGAAUUACUUUCUGAUGUUCAACAAUGUUGUUCUGCAGGUGUAGCAAUAGAUAUUGGCCAGGCAGCGUUCAAAGCUAUGCUUAACACCUUGUCGAGCAGCGUUUUCUCGCUCGACUUGACCGAUUCGAGUUCCGACACAGUUCGAGAGUUUAAGGACGUUGUGAGGUGCAUUAUGGAUGAGUUAGGAAAACCAAACUUGGCAGAUUUUUUUCCUGUGCUUAGAAAGAUUGACCCACAAGGUAUAAAACGUCGAAUGGAGAUUUAUGUGGGCAGGAUUCUUGAUUUAUUUGAUCACAUAAUUGAUGAAAGGUUGAAGUCAAGAAAAAAGUCAGGUUAUAUACCAGCAAAUGACAUGCUUGAUACUCUUCUCGCUCUCAAUGGAGAUGACAUGGAGCAAAUGGACAGGAAUCGCAUCAAGCAUUUAUUCGUGGAUUUAUUUGCUGCCGGGACUGAUACAACUUCAAGCACAUUAGAAUGGGCAAUGACAGAAUUAAUCUGCAACCCCAAGAUUCUAUCAAAAGCUAGAGAAGAGAUUGAACAAACUAUUGGAAAAGGAAAAUUUCUAGAGGAAUCCGACAUUCCUCAAUUACUUUACUUGCAAGCAAUUCUCAAAGAAACCCUAAGAUUGCACCCACCAACUCCGUUGUUACUCCCUCGUACGACACUAGCAGAUGUCGAAAUAAAUGGCUUUACUGUUCCAAAAGAUGCUCAAGUGUUCGUGAAUGCAUGGGCUAUAAGUAGAGAUACAAGUGUAUGGAAAGACCCUGAAUCUUUCAUUCCUGAGAGAUUUUUAGGGUUAGAGAUUGACGCUCGAGGCCGGGAUUUUGAGUUGAUUCCAUUUGGUGCCGGACGAAGGAUAUGCCCUGGAUUAUCAUUAGCAAUGAGAAUGUUGCACUUAAUGUUAGGAUCGCUUAUUAUAUCCUUCGAUUGGAAGCUUGAAGAUGGGAUUACACCACAAAAUAUGGAUAUGGAAGAUAAAUUUGGAAUCACAUUACAGAAAGCUCAGCCCCUCAAAGCUAUACCUAUGCAGUUCUAACAUGUCAAUGUUUGGUACAUUAAGGCUAUGUAUGAUCUUAAGACUUAUAUAUACAUACAAAUGGAAUCCAAUCAGAUUGGAAGAUAUUAAUAUUUUUAUAAGUGUAAUAACUAACUAAAAAUAUAUCCCCAUAUAUAAUAACUAUAUAGUGGUCCACAAUGAACUUCAUUCAUUGAAUGUUAAUUACUGAAGUGUAAGCA